UUCCAGGACAGUUGAGGACUUCGUUGACCCUUGUGGGAAGAGGUGCGGUCUCAUACCGAGAGCUUAAGCGCUCACUUGCUCUCUGGGGCCCUCCACACCCCUGCAGCCUCUGCUUCUGUCUCCAUUCACUUCCCCCCUGGCCACCGCCAUGGGAAGAUGCCAUGUCCUCAGCAGGGACUUUUCCUGGGCUGGACAGGAUUGGGCCCGAGAGCUGGCAGGCCCCCAAGGGUUUUGGGAUCCUUCAGGUCACCCCCGCUGGGUUCCUUCACAGCUUGGGGACAGUGUACAACCUCAGCGGAGACGUCAGGCUUCUGCAGGGCCCUGGACCCUCAGCUCCCCGACCAGUCUGGUCCCAGGGAGACCCAGAGCGCCCGGGAUGCAGGCCAAGCCCAGGUUCUCACCAUGCUCUCCACCGGAACUCGAGGCCUAGACAUGCCAUUCUCAAAGGAUGUCAUGCCCCCAACCCAACCUCCAGUCGGAUAUUCCUGGUAUCUCCCAAGCCUGUUUGCUGCUUUUGAUGUAGUGCUGCUGGUCAACUUCAGUGUCCUCUUCUUGACAUUCCUGUGCCAGUGUCUGGCUGAGAACAGGGAGUGGGCCUUUCCAGAGGUUACAGGUCUUCUUUUUGUCAUCACGUUCUGCAGCCUGAUUUCUCUCAAACUUCUGACCCUGGAAUCUUGCAUCGAGAUUCCUGCAAAAGGAUCCCAGCAUUCCAUAUGUGGCAUGGGUGUACCACAGGGCCUUCCAAAAGAUGUGGUGCCCAGAGUGCUGCUUCCACUGCUGCUUUGAACCUUCCACUAUUCCUUUUGCAACAUCUGGGUAGAGGUGGCCCGAUAAGCAAUGGACUCCUAACUGUGCUCUAACAAUGGAAAUGCCAGUUUCUCCCUGGAGACAAGACCCUGUGAGUAGGGCCAAGCAUAAGCAGCCUAAAGUGCUGGGAUGGAGUAGGCUUGAGCACCUGGGCGUGAUGGAGGCCAGGACAGAUAGACUCUUGAGGCCUGUCUACUCUCCCCUAGAAGUUUGGCCACCACUGCAGCUUCAUCGUGGCUGUACCUUCCACCAGAGACUUGCUGGAGCAUCUCAUCCUAGAGAUGCUGAUCCAGGCUGUGGCAGUGAGCUCCACCAGACACCCCUACAAGGGCCAGGU